AUUUAUUCAAUGCGAUCAAUACACGAUGAUAUUAUGCAUAUGACACAGCUGGUAUACCUACGUCUGUACACACAGCACUGGAGAGCAUAUCAAUGUUGCAACAGCAAGACAAAUCACCUAAUCUUUGGAGUUUUUGUUUCUUCGAGGAUUGUAUGUAGAGAAAAGACAUUAGUUGACUUGAAUAGUUAUUGUUUAUGUAAUGUACCUAGGUAUAUAUACACACUCACUUACGCCCAUGUGUACGGUGCAUUGCAUACAUAUGUCCUGUCUACCAACAUUCAAUAUUUGCACAUAUGCACAUCAAUUGGCUGCAAACGCUGCCCGCUCAAUUUCAAAGGUACAUCGGUUGGCCUUUCAACUGCCGUGGAUUUGUGUAUCCAUCCACACGCUUAUCAAUUCUACAUAUGUAGGUAUCGGCAUCCCGAUUGUCUCUUCCCCCUUCUUCUCCGCCACCCCGCAGCCCCGUGUCUCAGGAAAACAAGCUUCCAUCCACCUGUCUCGAUCCAAUCCAUGAUUGCUUAUCUUGGAUUGUUACAUCCCCCCACAACAAAGCAAGCACAUCAAUGGCUUUUGAUUGUACCCAGAUGCCCCCGCGUGGCUGAUACAUCCUCCCCCAUCCGUCCACUCCUGCAGCUGAUUACGUGUGCUGUCAUCAAGGGGCACAUACGGAUAGUAGCACUUGAGGCAUGA